AAGCAAAGAGAUCAUUUUGGAAGCUGAAUUAUGAGAUAUUACCUAAUUACCUUGCUGUUCUCAACAAUCUUUUGCUCCUUUGGUGUGGAAGUUGUUCAGGAGAAUAAUGUAAAAAUAGCUGAAGCGGGAGAGAAGGCGACCCUUCCUUGCACAUUUUCAAGGCUUCCGCAGGCGACAAAAUCAUGGUUUAAACAAAGAGCUGAUGGAAAAUCCCUACAAAUUGUGUCUUCAUAUUUAAAUAAAAACCCCAUUUGGAGCAACUACUCUGAGAAUCGUUUUAAUAUCAUGAAAGAAGAUGGUUAUUUUAAUCUGACCAUUUUAAAGACAAAGCCGUCAGACUCUGCGACAUAUUACUGUGUAAUCUCAACAUUUUACACCGUUGGAAUGGGUUCAGGAACUCGGUUACUUGUCAGAGAUGCAGCCGCAGAUAGAAACACAACUCUUCAUCAGUCUUUGAUAGACACUGUUGAUCCAGGAGAUUCAGUGAAUUUGCAGUGCAGCAUCUUCGCUGAGAGCUGUGCAGGAGAUCACAGCAUCUACUGGUUCAAACAAAGCUCAGGAGACUCUGAAGGAGUGCUUUACACCAAAGGAGAGAGAAAUGGCCGCUGUAAGAACAGCGCUGAGUCUCAAACACAGAGCUGUGUCUACAGUCUCCACAAGAACAACAUCAGUCACUCUGAUUCUGGCAUUUACUACUGUGCUGUGGCCGCAUGUGGAGAAAUACUCUUUGGAAGAGGAACUCAACUGAAUAUUAAAGAAAAUUGUGAUUUUAAUCCUGCUCUUCUUGUUUCUGGAAUUUCAAAUAUCCUAUUUUUGGGCCUUGUUGUUUUUCUGGGAAUCAAACUUUGUAGAAGUCAGAUUAAAACAUCCUCUGCUCAAGCAACUCAAGAUGAAGACAGCCUGAAUUACGCAUCCGUUACUUUUAGUCAGAAACCUCUGAACACUAGAAGAGCCAGAGCAAAAUUCACUCAAGAUCAGUCUCUGUACGCACAGGUCAGAUCACACCAGUAA